AUGAUCCGCUCUCUCUGUUUAGUCGCGUUCGUCGGAAACCUGCUUCUUAUUGAAGCUGGUAUCUUCCAAAACCGCGUCAAGCGUCAAGAUGUCGAGGCCUACUGCGCCAAGCACACCGAGCAUUACACGAAGUUUUGCAACAUGCGUGCCGCCGACUUGGACCGCGACACUUUCCUCAAGCUCGCCAAGUUCUGCCCGGCCUACGAAAAGCAUUGCGGCGGACCCAGCAAGGUUGACCCGCCAGCCGGCCUUACCGAAGAAAUGAUCGUCCCUCCUCCUCUCCCUAGGAGCGGAGCCCGUCUCGAUCUGCCCCUCUCCGGCGGUCGCUCCAACCACGCCUCCCCGAGCCCCGCCGACCGUACCAAGCUCACGGCGGCCAUCAUCGCUUCGUGCACUCCCGACUGUUCCUCCCCCCACUGCACCACCGAGUGCAAGUGCGCCAACACCCAUCCCAAGGUGCACGCCAUGUGCAACCCCCCGGCUUCCGCCGAGAUGGCCAACACCUGCCAGAGGUGGUACGCCAAGUGCCCCAUGUUCCAGCCCGUCCAAUAUUAU